CCCGCUGCGACCAAAUAGAGAGCAGCAGUAUUUUGCCUCUUCAUCUCCUCUAUAUCACCCACAUUUUUCUUGAUUCUGCUCUACAACCGGAAAGAGUUAGCAUUCAGGGUUUAUUUACAAUGGUUGAAAAUGCCGAGAAGGAAUCUAGACAUAUCGCAUCUGAUGAAGUAUCAACACAUUUCAAAACCCUAAUCAACAAUGGCAUCAUCGAUCCAUUCUCUUAAACAAUCACAAAAUCUCAUAUUGGGGAAGCUACAGGACAGGAGUGCAAUAUCAUCACAUUUUAAUGAACCUUCAGAGCGUUGGGUUGCUCAAGUUGCUCCUGAUUUCAAUAGGAAUACGCGGGUCAAGCUCUAUGAAGACUGAUCUUUAUUACACAUUCCUCAAGCUAAGAUUGUUGGGACUGAUGGUGGCAUGAGUUUGAAGGAUGGUAUUCAUGCAUCUGGAAGAAAGCCCACGGGAAAGGGUGGCUAUCAGUACAGCGACAAAUGUGGUGGUAACAUCGAUGGAUACAGAGAGCAGGGUUUGUUAAUGUUGAGCAGUGAAAUUGUUGGAACUGGUGGUGGCAUGAACUUGAAGAGAGGUGCUGAUGCAUCUGGAAGAAAACCCGCGGCAAAGGGUGUUUACCCCACAGGCAAAAUUGGUGCUAACGUCAAUGGAUACAGACUCGUGGGACAUAACUACAGGACCAAGCUGGAUGUUGGUUACAUAGACUCGUACAUUGUUGUGGAUGUGGCUUGCUUUGCAAUGGUAGAAGAGGACUUUGCAAGUCAUAGAAUGCAAAUGAUUUCAUCGAGAGUUCCAAGUACAGUUCAUUCUUUUAGGCAAUCAUAGUGACAUAGACCGUUGAAUUCAUUUGUUUUAGGCAAAUGGAGACAAAAAUUCACAGUACUGGUAAAAAUGAUUUUUUGUCUCCAUUUUCAUAUGGAAUUCAUUUCUUGCACUUCGAAACUUGCAUCAAAUACUAGUCCU